CUCUAAUUAAAUAAGAACGUGUCAUAUUAUACAUGAACAAUGGAAGAACAAAGUCAAAAUGGAACGAUAAACGAAUCGACACAUAAUGUACCAGAAGAGAUUGAUGAACAAAUACCAUCUUGUUCAACAAAUUUGGAUAACCCUGGCUAUCCUGGUUUCAUCGAGGCAAUAAGACAGGCGAAAAGAAAAAAAAAAUCACAUGAUGUAUCAUUUCAACAACAUGAUAUUCAUCUUAAUGAAUGGUGGAAUUAUUGUUUAAUUGAGAAAAAAGAUCCACUAGAAACUAAUUUAUCAGUGUUCAUUGGUUAUCUUGAAAAAAAAAAGAAUGCUGGUGCAUCACUUGAUGAUUUAAAAUCAAUUGUAUCAUCAGUUUAUCUUAUUUCAUCAGAUAUGAUGGCAGAUCAAAUUCGAACAUUUAGUUUUAUAUUUUUAGAAUAUGCUAAAUAUUUAUUUGUAAAUACAAAUAGUUACCCAACACCAGAAUUAUGA